AAGCGAAGAAAUAUCUCUACCCGUAGAGUUCUCUUUUUCUAGCUAUCGCUUCUACCUAGCUGACUGGCAGGUGGAUAGAUCCAGGAUUUGGAGGGCUAGGGUUCCUUGGCGCGUGGGAUCGAGAAGCGAUGAAGCCUAGCCGGAGCGAUGAGAUCCAGUCCCCCGAGGCCGAGCAGCGGCGCGCAAAGGAGGUCCAGGCGCACUUUGAAUUGAUGGCGCCCAAGCGCCCGAUCAAGCCGGCGCGCAGCGAGCCUAGCAGCAAUGCUGGAGGUGCCAUAGCUGCUGCUGACGCUCCGGCGGAUCAGCAGAUUCCAGAGCACGCCAAGCUCUUGGAUCUCGAGGUUCGGUCGGAGCCUUUGAUCACUCGUGGUGGGCUUGUUGGAGACGAGAGCUACGCCGAGAACGAGUACUACAAGGAUUUGAUCGCGGCGGAGAAUGGGCAGCAUCACACGACUGGAACUGGAUUCAUUGAUGCGGGGGCUGCUCAAGGUUCCUCAUUCCAGCUUGUGGAUGAUUAUGGCAACGCUCCAUUUUCAUCCAAUUCUGUCAAAUCCAACCCCGCAACCAACGAUUGGGUGCCUGCUCCGGGACUGGCACCAUCGACCAAACCACGACGACGAAGCGAUUAAAAACACAAAUCAAAGAAGACGCAAAGAGAAGAUAAGAUUGUUUAUUCUAUUGAAAGCAAAGGAACACAAAUAAAACAAGGCAAGUGAAUCUUUGUCAUAAUCGUCA